UUCUCGGAGUGCAAUACAAUGAAGACGUUCCACGUUCUUGGCCACUUAGACAAGGAAAUUAUCUGAGUUCCCGAAGUGAAAAUCUGUCUUCAUGGAAUUGGAUCCUUUGUGUAACGACAGGGAACGGGAUGAGAGGUUUGUUUGUAAUGCCUUUUACUGUUGCUUUGUAGCCAUUUUAGUGUUCAUUUUGCGUAAUCAACGGCCCCUCAAAAGAAAGGCUGUUCAAGACGUGGUAGAAUUGCUGGACUGAAGCCUGUCAAUUUUAUCACGUUAGCAACUCCUCAUCUUGGAAUCAGAAGUAAGAAACCAGGUUUAUUUCAUGGGUGCCUGUUAUUUGGUCCAGUAUGGUAGAGUAACAAUCAAAAUAACAGAGUUCAAAGAUUUUUUUGAUAGUCACUUGGCAAACUUCCUUGACUUGGUAUAUUUGCUGAAAAUGGCAUUCUUAUACCUCACCUGCAUCUGUGCUACAUAGCUUAUGUGUGGUGUACUGCUUUGUUUAUAGUAUUUGCUUUUCUGCAGCUGCCACUUCUCCUAGGAGUUCCCUUCUUAGAGAAACUUGUUCCUCCAAGCGCCCAUAUCUUUGUGGGCAAAACUGGUAAGGAGUUGUUUCUUACUGAUGGCCAGCCCAACAUACCGCCUCUUCGUCUAAGAAUGACAUCAGAUUGUGAAGAAGGCAAAUUUCUGUAAGUAUAACAAAAGCAUGUUCUUAACCGUUAGUAACUAUUAUUUGGUUUCCAUAUUUUUGGCUCAGAGCUACCCUUGGGUCAUAUUGAUGCCGCAUGGUGUAUUCAAAUGUAUCUUGUGACCGUAUCCUAAUAUGCAUCCUAUACCAUUUUAUAAGACAUCCUUACUUUCUUCCUUAGCUUUGGGAUCAGUUUCCUUUACACACUUAACUAAGGCAUGGUGGGUGGCGUCCUCCACUGCAAGGGAGACAGAACUUAUAAACGUGAGGCUUGUUGCUUUAAGGAAACAUCACUUGUUGACUGGUGUGGUGCCUGACUAUAUGCAUGUUUGGCACUUUGCAGCCCCCUCGACGAUCAUUGGAGUUAGAAGCACGUUGUAGAUGUCGAGUACUGCCCUCCAGUCUCUAUCGACGGCCCCCAUUUCCUGCCUGAAGCAACAAAGGCCAAAGCAGCAGCACAGAAUGAUCCCAGCAACAAGAAUACAGCAGAGUAUCGUGAACUCAUGGAAGCCUCUGGUUGGCAGAGGUGAUACAGUGUCUGCAGCAGUUGGGAUAGAGAAAGGUGGAUGUAAGCUUCCACUCAGCAUUCUGGCCAUUAUUUUUCCCACAACAACAUACACGUGAAGAACGAAUGGUUCCAUAAUGCCGCUUAUAAUGCCGGUGCAGGAGUUAUCGCUCAUGUUGCAGAAAGCCUGAAGCAGCAAGAACCCUCUUCCUACUUAACUGCUAGCCUGUAGUUUGUUGAAGUACUGAAUGGAAGUAAAAAAGAUCAAAGUCUCUCUAUUUCUUCCACAGGUGGAAUUGGAAUACCAGAAUCCCCCCCAUUACACAGCUUUAGGAUGAAUGUAGUAGUGUAGCAGUAUCAGCAGUGAAGGGAAUGGAUGUAAUUGUUUGGAUUUCCCUGAAAUCAGUGUAGUUGCAGCAAAAGCCUACUUGCUUUGCAAGUUGCAACUGCAUCUGUCACCGAAAGCAAAUGCGUCGCUUUCUUGUUGCCAUACUGUGAGGCGCAGAUUUUUUUUCUUCUUCAGAAAAUGAAAAAUGUGAAGAUGAAGAAGUCAAUUAUGAACCACUUGCAAAAGCUCUCACCAAACACAACCUUAUUUAGUUAUUAGAUGGCAUUUAAUCGUAGACCUGAGUCAUAUAGUUGCAUUGUGCAUGACCUCAUUAUUUGUUUGCUUAUUUAUGUUUGACUUUUGUAUGGUGUACCUACAUUAUAAUUUAGUUUGAUCCGAUCCGAUCUAGUAUGAUCAUGGUCGCUACUUGAUAAGAUUUCGUAACUAAAGCGUAACUCUUAAUUAUUUGACAGAUUUUUCAGCCAACGCAUAGAGAAAUAAGACUGAGGAAGAGGGAGGAUUGAGACGAGAGUGAAGAGAGAUGAAGACAAGAUGUCAUUAACAAAAUGUACUUAUUGUCAUUAAAAAAAGAGAGAAUAUAAUGGAGCGAUACAAUUUAACUAAGCACGAGUCCUUAAUCACCAAAUGGGGGUACUCACAUCACAUUCUCCAGCCAGUAGCCACACUAAUUACUUAGCAUACUUCUCCCAUUUUUUUCUAUUGAAAUACUUUUCUUGUCAACUUGAUUUUUGAAUAAUGAAUCUGCAACUUAUUGCUGCAAUUGGGAAGUAAGAAGUUCAUUGUAUUGUUUGGCAUAAGGAAUCCUAUGGAACAUGUAUAAUUUUUAGUAUAAUAAUUAUUUUUAUACACGUAUUUUUGGUGUAUGUGAAUCUGCAACUUGCUCUUGACCUCUUGGUGUUUUCGUCUUCCCUGUCCUCUCUGCAAAUAGUGGCUCGAUUAGGGAACUAAAGGCCACUUUGAUGUCAUUAACAAAGUCUUCCUUCCUUUCUUCUAUGAUAAUUAGAAAAGGACAUAUGAGAAGAUAAUUCUUUCUUGUAAAUUUUCCUUCACGUAGAGAAAAUUGUACACAUCGAAAACGACCACAAUAAGGCGAUAUGAUUGCAAGACGUGGGCUUAGUACUUUUCUUGUUUUUUUAUAUGUUAUGAGCUUUAGUGUCUAAAUUACAUAUAAUUUUAUUCCAAUUAUUUAGGACAUCAUUACCUCAUAUUUUAACUACAAUAAAGUUGUAAAUAAGUGAGAACCUUAGUUUCUCGAAUAAUUUAGCUACAAGCACUUAUCAUAUCAUAGUUUGAUUCUUGAAUUUUUAAUAAAAAAUGAAUAUUUCU